UCUAAGCUCGCAAUGUCUGGACGCGGGAAGCAAGGGGGUAAGGCUCGCGCCAAGGCCAAGACGCGCUCGUCGCGGGCCGGCCUGCAGUUCCCCGUGGGCCGCGUGCACCGGCUGCUCCGCAAGGGCAACUACGCCGAGCGGGUCGGGGCCGGCGCGCCCGUGUACCUGGCGGCCGUGCUGGAGUACCUGACGGCCGAGAUCCUGGAGCUGGCGGGCAACGCGGCGCGCGACAACAAGAAGACGCGCAUCAUCCCGCGCCACCUGCAGCUGGCCAUCCGCAACGACGAGGAGCUCAACAAGCUGCUGGGCAAGGUCACCAUCGCGCAGGGCGGCGUCCUGCCCAACAUUCAGGCCGUGCUGCUGCCCAAGAAAACCGAGAGCCACCACAAGGCCAAGGGCAAGUAGAAGCGCCCUUAUUUUGUGGCACCUCCAGUA